CAAUAAUCACAUAGAUUGAGUUCUGGGCGUUAAAGGGGGUAGGGGCUGGAAGUUAAGACUGAAUCCAGCUGUGAAUUCGUUUGGGUGCAAGGAUGCCUACAGAAGACAGCCUCAGCGACUAUGCGAGAAACGACGUGCUGGUUUGAAAUUAUGGACAACACCUUCAUAUAGAAGCAUCAUUCGAAGUGCAAUAGAUAAAUUGCAGCCAAGCAUUAUUAAACAUUUUUGGAAAGCUGUUAGCUUACUUAUACGGAAAAUAAUUGUACUUUCUCGGAGCUCUUCCAUGCAGCGGCAAUCACUGACUAUAGUGAAAGAAAUUUGCUUCUUCGCGAUUCCCGAGAAAAACUGUAGCCUAAUAUCGUCCUAAAAGAUAAAGUACCGAAUAAGUUUGAUGAAAUUCGUUGGACAUUUUAGAUUUUCAUCGUCGUGUUAUUGUGGAUGGCAAGAAUUUGAUUUUGGUUGUGUGUUAAAUCAGUUAUUUAAAACCUAAACGGGAGUCUGUGAAUUUGGACUUCAACAGCAUGUGUGGCGCGCGGUGUGCCUGAAAUUGCUUUUACUGUGAGAACAGCCCUGAAAGUCAACCCCGGGAGCUCUACUUUACCUCUUUCUCCUUUCUACACUGUUUUGGGGGCACUUUGUCAAGAGAAAUGGUCAUGCGAUGACUGAGCUCGCUUUGGACACAUCCAUAGAGUUGAUCACAGGGGGUGAAUGAUGGAAGAAGAUGGAGGAAAUCUCUCCGAGGACCAUGGGGAGAGGGAGACGGAGGUUGCGUCCUCUCUACCCAGGACUUUUAUUCGACUCAACGACCUGUCCGGUGGUUGGGACCGCAGCGAGGAGGUGGUGGAGACCGAUGUGAAAGACAGUACCACCGGGGUGGAAGAGGCUUCAGCCAGCGGUGAGGAAGCUCUGCCCUAUCCAACCCUGGCGCCUGUCGUGUUUUUCUACAUGAACCAAACCACCCGUCCAAGGAGUUGGUGCUUAAAAAUGGUCUGUAAUCCGUGGUUCGAGAGAGCGAGCAUGCUGGUCAUUCUGCUGAACUGUGUCACCCUGGGGAUGUUCCAGCCUUGUGAAGACAUCGAUUGCAAUUCGGAACGGUGCAAAAUCCUUCAGGAUUUUGAUGACUUCAUCUUUGCAUUUUUUGCCGUGGAGAUGGUGAUAAAGAUGGUGGCCUUGGGAAUUUUUGGGAAAAAAUGUUACCUUGGCGACACAUGGAACAGACUAGACUUCUUUAUCAUUUUAGCAGGGAUGCUAGAGUACUCCCUUAACUUGCAGAAUGUCAGCUUCUCCGCGGUGCGUACAGUUCGGGUCCUGCGGCCACUUCGAGCCAUCAACCGAGUGCCCAGCAUGAGGAUCCUGGUGACUCUACUCUUGGACACUCUCCCUAUGUUGGGGAACGUUCUCCUGCUCUGCUUCUUUGUCUUCUUCAUCUUUGGCAUUGUGGGAGUACAGCUCUGGGCUGGACUUCUACGCAACCGCUGUUUCCUGCCUGAGAACUUCAGCUUACCACAGAGCCUGGGCCUGCAUAACUACUAUCGAACCGAAAACGAUGAUGAGAGUCCAUUUAUCUGCUCCCAGCCACGGGAGAAUGGCAUGCGUCUGUGCAACCUUAUCCCCACUCUACAUGAGGAAGGCCUCCAGUGUACCCUGGACAUGGCAGCAUACAACGCCACCGACAACACCACCUGUGUCAACUGGAACCAGUACUACACCAACUGCUCUGCUGGCGAGAACAACCCAUUUAAGGAUGCCAUCAACUUUGACAACAUUGGCUAUGCAUGGAUUGCAAUCUUUCAGGUUAUCACUCUGGAGGGAUGGGUGGACAUAAUGUACUUCGUGAUGGAUUCCCACUCAUUCUACAACUUCAUCUACUUCAUCCUCCUCAUCAUUGUGGGCUCAUUCUUCAUGAUAAAUCUGUGCUUGGUGGUCAUUGCCACCCAGUUCUCUGAGACCAAGCAGCGUGAGAGUCAGCUGAUGAAGGAGCAGCGCGUGCGCUUCCUGUCCAACGCCAGCACACUGGCCAGCUUCUCUGAGCCCGGCAGCUGCUACGAUGAGCUGCUCAAGUUCUUGGUGCACGUGGUUCGCAAGACCGGCCGGCAGCUGUGCCACUUGAUUCGUGUCGCAGCGCGCCAGGCCGGCCUGAGCGUCUGCGCCUCACCAGUCUUGGAGCAGACUUCCCAAAAGCGCCGCCGCCAAAAGCAACAACAGAAACGCGGGUCAAUUCACCACCUGAUGCACCACCACCACCACCACUACCACCUGGGUAAUGGCAGUGUCCUGCGCAGCAGCAGCACUGACAGAGACCCUGAAACAGGGGCAGGCAGUCGACGCUCACGCAUGGGUUCUCUCAUGCUGCCUGAUACCUCUGUGUCUGCCAGUAUUGCUGCUGCUGGUGGGACAGAUGUGUUGCUUCACUGCACCCCCUCCACCUCUUAUAAGAGAAAUUCAGUGCCCUUUGCUGGGCCAACACACACAAACUAUCCCACCCUACAGAGCUCUUUUCUCCUGGAGCAGCGAAGGCAGAGGUCGUUUUGCCAGAAUUCACCUGGAGAGGGUGAAAGCUGCACUGACAGCGUCUUCACCAACCUUAACAUUCCUCCGCCUCCCAGAAACACGUCGCAGGGCCUGGUGGAGACACGUAUCACCCCAGCCAUGCUCAGCAGGUCAUCUACCAUCAACUGCAGCAGUACUAAUCUAGACGCUUCCCUAGCCUUUGACCCCAAGACAUGUCCUUACUGCAUGAAGGCUGCUGAUUCCGAGGGGACUGAGGGGAAUGAGGCGGCUGACUCCGACAGUGAGGGAGUGUAUGAGUUCACUCAGGAUGCCCACUACCGCGAUCGCAGGGAUCCCACCAAGAAAAACCAAAUGAGUCUCUGCGCUCGGACAGCGAAGGUGAUUGGCUACUGGAGGGUUGUGUGUGAUACGUUUCGCAAGAUUGUUGACAGCAAGUACUUUGGCCGAGGUAUCAUGAUUGCCAUCCUUAUCAACACCCUCAGCAUGGGCAUCGAAUAUCAUGAACAGCCGGAGGAAUUCACCAAUGCCCUGGAAAUAAGUAACAUCGUCUUUACAAGCCUAUUUGCCCUGGAGAUGCUGUUGAAAGUCCUAGUCUAUGGCCCCUUCGGAUACAUCAAGAACCCAUACAACAUCUUUGAUGGCAUCAUUGUGGUCAUCAGCGUGUGGGAGAUUGUAGGCCAGCAAGGUGGUGGCCUGUCGGUGCUGCGGACCUUCAGGCUCAUGCGUGUACUGAAGUUGGUGCGGUUCAUGCCGGCUCUGCAGAGGCAGCUGGUGGUCCUGAUGAAGACCAUGGACAAUGUAGCCACUUUCUGCAUGCUACUGAUGCUGUUCAUCUUCAUCUUCAGUAUUCUGGGAAUGCACUUGUUCGGUUGCAAAUUUGGUUCGGAGAACGAGGGUGACACUGUACCUGAUCGCAAGAACUUUGACUCUCUACUUUGGGCAAUUGUGACUGUGUUCCAGAUUCUAACUCAGGAAGACUGGAAUAAAGUGCUUUACAAUGGCAUGGCCUCCACCUCCUCUUGGGCAGCACUCUACUUCAUCGCGCUUAUGACCUUUGGGAACUAUGUUCUCUUCAACUUGUUGGUGGCCAUCUUAGUGGAGGGCUUCCAGACUGAGAAAGAGGAUGUGCAGUUGAGCUGUAUUCAGCUGCCGAUAGAAUCAGGGGGAGAUGACUCCAAAUCUGAUUCAGAUAUGGACAUCCACACUCGAAGUAUGGAAGACGUAACCAUUAGCAAGAGAGAUAUGACUGCCUCCACUGUGGUGCCCAUCAAUGGACAUGUGGACCUGAAGACGAGCCUCACCCCUCCUGUCAUCACCCACACUGCUGCCACACCCAUGCCCAUACCCAAAAUUGCAGGAGGAGGUGAUCCUGCCUUAACCUUUGAGCCCCGCAGGGGCAGCAAUAUCCCUGUGGACCCCAGCUUCUACAACAAAUCUCCAACAAGUGUCCGCAGCUCACCUCCUCAUGUGCCCUGGACCUCAGCCAGCAGCUGGAACAGCCGCCGCUCCAGCUGGAACAGCCUCGGCCGCGCACCUAGCCUUAAGCGCCAGAAGCGACAGAGCGGUGAACGCCGCUCACUCCUGUCGGCCGACGGCCAGUCCAGUUCUGAGGAGGAGGAGGUCAGUGGAGCCGAUGGAGCCGGAGGUGGAGAGAGGAUGUCUGAGUGUGACGACGCCUCUCUGAGCCGGACAGACUCUUUUGGCCAGCAGGCGCAACACCGCCGCAUGGAGUCUGUGGAGACGCGCAGCUCUUUGGACUUGCCCCCUGACACGCUGCAGGUCCCCUACCUACACCGCUCUGCCAGUAUACACAGCGCAUGGCCCCCACUCCCCCAACACACUGCAGCUCAGGACUGCAAUGGGAAGAGCUCCCCCUCAGCCGCUACUAACCAGCUUUCCUUAGAUGAACACCACAGCGAGGACGAGAAUGUGGAGGAGGAGGGCAAUAUGAGUCGGCGGCUGCGUCUGAUCCAGUGGUUGUCACAGAAACAGCCUGAAUGGUGUCGCCAGAGGAGCAGCUGGGCCCUCUACCUGUUUCCACCUGAAAACAGGUUCCGUGUAAUUUGCAAUAAGAUCAUCUCCCACAAAAUGUUUGACCAUGUGGUUCUUCUCAUCAUCUUCCUCAACUGCAUCACUAUUGCCAUGGAGAGGCCCAGGAUUGAUCCCAGCAGUGCUGAGCGGUUUUUCCUCAAGAUGUCCAACUACAUAUUCACUGCCAUCUUCGUGACCGAGAUGACAAUAAAGGUCGUUGCCUUGGGCUGGUGCUUUGGACAGAACACCUACCUGAAGAGCACAUGGAACAUUCUGGAUGGAUUGCUGGUGAUGAUCUCUGCCAUUGACAUACUAGUGACCUUGGUGUCCAACAGUGGGACCAAGAUCUUGGGGAUGUUGCGGGUCCUGAGGCUGCUAAGGACUCUCCGUCCUCUCAGAGUGAUCAGCCGUGCUCCAGGCCUCAAGUUAGUGGUGGAGACACUGAUGUCGUCCCUUAAGCCCAUUGGAAACAUUGUGGUCAUCUGCUGUGCCUUCUUCAUCAUCUUUGGAAUCCUGGGUGUACAGCUAUUCAAAGGGAAGUUCUUUGUGUGUCAUGGUGAAGACACCAGGAACAUCACCAACAGGUCUGACUGCCACCUGGCCAACUACAAGUGGGUCAGACACAAGUACAACUUUGACAACCUGGGACAGGCCUUGAUGUCUCUGUUCGUCCUGGCCUCUAAGGAUGGCUGGGUGGACAUUAUGUAUGAUGGACUGGAUGCUGUAGGGGUGGAUCAACAGCCCCAAAUGAACUACAACCCCUGGAUGCUGCUCUACUUCAUCUCCUUCCUACUGAUUGUGUCCUUCUUUGUGCUGAACAUGUUUGUGGGGGUGGUGGUGGAGAACUUCCACAAGUGCCGGCGGCUCCAGGAAGCUGAGGAGGCUAAGCUGCGGGAGGAGAAGCGUCUUGUGCGCAUGGAGAAAAAGAGACGGAAUAUAAUGCUGACGGGUUUCAACUCGGACAACAAAGCGAAAGAAGCUCAGAGCAAGCCAUACUACUCUGACUACUCCCCCACGCGUCUGUUCAUCCACAAGAUGUGCACCAGCCAAUAUUUGGACCUCUUCAUUACUGUUGUCAUCGCCCUCAAUGUCAUCACAAUGUCCAUGGAGCACUACCAUCAACCAAGGGUUCUGAAUGAAGCACUCAAGAUCUGCAACUACAUUUUCACCAUUAUCUUUGUGAUGGAGUCUGUCUUCAAGCUUGUUGCGUUUGGGUUCCGCCGCUUCUUUAAAGACAGGUGGAAUCAGCUGGACCUUGCCAUUGUGUUACUGUCUAUCAUGGGUAUCACCCUGGAGGAGAUCGAGGUGAACGCCUCUCUUCCAAUCAAUCCCACCAUCAUACGGAUCAUGAGGGUGCUGAGAAUAGCACGCGUGUUGAAACUGCUGAAAAUGGCCGUGGGUAUGAGAGCCCUGCUGGACACCGUCAUUCAGGCCCUGCCGCAGGUUGGGAAUUUGGGUCUUCUGUUCAUGCUGCUGUUCUUUAUCUAUGCAGCACUGGGAGUGGAGCUGUUUGGUGACCAGAUCUGUGAUGAGACUCACCCCUGUGAGGGACUGGGCCGCUACGCAACCUUCAAGAAUUUUGGCAUGGCGUUCCUCCUGCUGUUCCGUGUCUCAACUGGGGACAAUUGGAAUGGAGUUAUGAAGGAUACCCUGAGAGACUGUGCGGGGGACAACGGUCCGUGCUAUAAUGCAGUGGUGUCCCCCAUCUACUUUGUGUCCUUCGUCCUGACUGCACAGUUUGUAUUGGUCAAUGUGGUCAUUGCUGUGCUAAUGAAGCAUCUGGAAGAAAGCAAUGCGGAGGCCAAAGAUGAGGCUGAGCUGGAGGCUGAGUUAGAGCUGGAGGCGUUGGCGUUGGCUGCGAGUGCUGCUGCAGCUCAAGCAGGAGGUGCAGGCCUGAUUGGGGGGCACUCCUCCUCUUUCAUGCAGGAAGACACCAGUGGGCCAGCCAGUCCUAGGACACCUCCUCCACCCUGGAUCUUUAACAGGGAUCCACAAGAGAACUGCAGCCUGGCCAAUGACAGCCCCCCACCAACAAUGGUGGACAUCCGCCGAGACUCAACAGCACACAUCAGGGUUGACUCUCCUCAUUGUAUGGAACCACCUAUAGAGCGGAGGCUGAUGUUUGACUCAGUUUCCCUGGUGAUCCAGGGUUCUCUUGAAGGCGAGCUCCACCUCAUGGACAACCUGUCUGGGUCCAUCUGCCACUACUACGCCCUGCCCCCGCUGCUUAGCCAGCACUGCGCUGACAAACAGAUUCCUCUAGCAGAGAUGGAGGCUCUGUCUCUGGUGUCGGAGAAGUCCUGGUCCUUAGCUCUGACGGACGACUCUGUGCCCGACGAUUUUAACCCCCUCUUACUAACCAGUCUGGAGUAUAAUCAGACAGAGAGCAUGGGGGCUGCAGAGCCUGAGAGCCUGCAAGAGGAGCACCUGCUGACUGUACGGAAGACAUCUGUGGGGCGCACACACUCUCUGCCGAAUGACAGCUAUAUGUACCUGCCUCUUCUACCUGCUGUUACUGCAGCUCCCUCUGGACCAGCACCUCACACAACCUCACCUCAUCCACACUCAGGCUCCAGUGGCUCCAUCCAGAUCCAGCAGACUGAGGCAGCCCAGCUCCUGGCGGUGCCCACCCAGCUCUUCCGCCCCAUAAGCCCCAGCAGCCUGUCUGAGGCGGAGGGCAUCCCCCGUAUCCCCCCACCCCAGCACACACACAACCCCACACGCCCUCUCCGGAGACAGGUGGCUGUGAGGACAGACUCACAGGAGGCUGUGUCCCCCGAGCAUGAAGAGGUUGUGGAAGGGGCCAUGGGGCUCAAUGAACUGGCAAGCCCCCCAAUGAGCUCUUCUCCUCAGCUGCCUCUCCAGCACCACCCUUCCCUCUGUCUGGUUCCCGCUACUCCUGGAGCCUCGCCUAAAGCAUCCCCCUCCAGUGUCCACACACAGCACAUCCAACAUGACCAGUACAAAGUGUUUUCUCCUAGGUCUUCCCUUGCACACACACCCUCCCCACCUCCCCUGCCCCCACCACGCACCCAGCCCCCCAGUGCCCAACAGGAGGACUUUGUGGACCAAGAGGUGUCAUAUAUCAUCCAGGAAGGCUUGGCUGCCAGUAGCAGCUCAGAUGGACAAGGAGAGCAGAGUGGGAUCAGUCAGAUCAAGCUUGGUGAGGGCCGCAGUCCUUACCUGCGGCAGCUGAAGAAGUACCACAGCGCCGACACACAGUGUUGCCAGGGACCGCUGCGCCCGCGGCCCUCCUCCUGGCUGGACGACCCGCGCCACCGAUCCAUGGAGGCGUUUUCUUCAGGGGAGAGCAGCCCCCAGCUCAGCUCCAUCUCCUCUGGCUUUGUGUCACGUGCAGACAGCCUGCAGCAGCAGAUGCACAUGACACCCACCUCUCCUCACCCACGCAAGAAGAAGAUGAGCCCCCCCUGUAUUUCGGUUGACCCCCCUGAGGGCCUGCAGGAGCCUCCUGGGGUGGGAUUUCACCCCGCACUGGGCCUUGGCAUGGUGCCCUCCCCUUUGACCAGCCGUGACACCAGCUGUCUCCGCAGACGAGCCCCAUCCAGUGACUCCAAGGACUCCUUUGACCUGGGGGGAGGAGGGGAGGCGCUCCCCCAGGAGGGGGCCCACAACACCAACCUGCUGACUCUGCCUAGUUUUUCCAUUGAGAAGUCAAGUUCUGAGCACUGAACAUAAGAGAGCAAAGACAACUCACACAUAAACUGAGAAAUCACACUCAUAAGAAUAUAUGAUGCACUUUGUGUAUCUGUGAUGGUGAUAGUCAUAGUAAUAAUACUGUAGUGAGUAAUAAUACCAACUACAAUUAUGAUAAAGAGAAAACAAACUUUAUAAAGUGUUCAGAUAGUGACCAUCUCUUUGUUUUGUACUGCCAACUCCAGCAAACACACAAAUACAUCAGACACUCAAGUACAUACACACACACACACACACACACACACACACACACACACACACACACACACACACACACACACACACACACAGAAAAGACAAUAUAAAAUCUGUACAAUUCAAAAUGGUUCUCUUCCAAGAUACCUACUGCUUUUUGUAGGUCAUCCCCAGCAUGUCAGCACCUGAUGCCAAGGGUGAGGCCAUUGUGGCUGUUUUGGAAAAUGCACAGAAAAGAACUGUGGAACUUUUUUCUUGUGGGAAGUAGUGAAGUUACAAAGCAAUAUGAACGUUUCAGAGACACUAUUUUCUUAAAUUAUUGGUCAUAGUGUUUGUACAGGAUGUAGAAUUUUUCAUUUCAUUUCAAAUUUAUUUGUGACUGUUUUGUGAUUUUGCUUUAAAUGUUUAAAUGGUUUGUCAUUUUAUUUUAUUUUUUCACCAUAGGAUAUUUUUAGCUUGUUUGGACAAAAAAGGAAGAAACUUUUUUCAAAGUGCCGGGACCCAUGUAUUUGUAGGAAUUAAAAAAAAAUCUAUAUAUAUAUAUAUAUAUAUGUGUGUGUGUGUGUGUAUAUAUAUAUAUAUAUAAUACAAAACAGCCCAUUAAACUGCUCUGCGAUUUUUAAAUAUAUGCAGUGGAAAUCAGUACUUUGAACCUUUUAAAUAACCAGGCUUUCAGAAGGUAUCUAGGUUAUUGGUUGAAAAAAUUAAGCUCAGAAGUUAAAGACUUCACACAUUCUCACAGUCAUGUAAGGUUGUGAAGCUACGAUUUUGCUAAUUAGGUAAGUUAAACUACUACCUUUUAUUCACACUGAGCAGCCUCAACAAACAGGAGUAAAAGGUUGAGGUAAAGUCAGCUAACAUUACAUUGAUGCUGGUUUGACGAGUCUGAUUUUGUGAAUAGACUUAAUGCUGUGAUUGUGACAUGCAAUAAUUCAGAGAACUUUAGCAGCAAAACAAACUAAAAAAGAAUCUCUUGGUGCACUAUGGUGGUAUGGUAUACUAUGGUACUUCAGCCUUGUUAAAGGGAAACUUCGGGACACAUUUUUUAGCAUUAUCCAGGUAAACAGGAUGGACUGAUUUCGGUUGUUUUUGUUCCUAGUAAAACAUUUGGACCUAAAAAAAAUGGUAAAAUAGGGCCCAGGCUAAAAAAAUCCAGACGUUUCCAUUUAACACAAAAUUCACAGAUGCCAACAUGUAAGACAGGUUCCACAUUUCUUCAUCACUAUUCAUCAGGAGUCUAUGCAGGUUUUGUCUUGAGGUCCAUGACAACCGUAUCUAACCACUGUGAUUAGCACAAUAAAUUGUUUUUCUUAUCUCUCAACUUUAUACCGCAUACAUUCAUUAUGUCCUGGCAAUGGAUAUGGAAUUUUCUAAAUUCUAAUUCUCUUUAUGAAGGCACUUAAAGGAUUUAGGGUUUUUAGAUGAAAGUUACCUACAUACAGAGCUAAGUCUUUCUAGGGCUUAGCUGUAUGUGUGCCUGAUACAGUUUGACAGUCAAUGCAGCUUUGCAUGUUAUCAGCAGUUGUCUUCUGUCAAAACCCCCACAGAGACAAGCACCUGUUUUUCAUUAAAUACAGUUUGAAAUGUCCUUACGCUUGGAUAUUGACAUUUGAACCAAAAAUAACCUUUCAAUAACAACGGACAAAGCACAGGCCCUCUCUUUUCCAGUUCUCUAAUUUCCAACAAAUUUGGAAAAACAGCAUUGGAGCUAGAAGGAGAGAUAAGCCUCAAGUUUAUCAAUACAAGGUGGAGAGGAGACGAUUACAUUCAUCUUAUCUCAGCAUGUCUCUGAGACCAUUCACCGCUGGGGUUCACUUUGUGAGGUGACAGUUGAUGAGAACUUGAUCCCUUUAACAAGUAGUUAUUUGUGACCUCCUCAUCCACUCAUGAAGUCGAAAGUGGAAGAAUAUCACCCAUGCUGAUUCCCAGUUCACGAACCCCUUUUUGGUCAUCCAGUGAAACUGGAGAGGGUUCUGUUCUCUUUCAGCCGGGAAGAAACACAACAAAUGAUCAGAAACCAUCACACAUGAACCCUUGUUUACCAUUCCUAUUUGUCCAAACCUGUGCAAUGGGUCUGUGGGAAGACCAGAUUACACUGGAAAUCAGCCAUUUAUUGUGAAUUUUUGAUUGAUGUUUGGAAGAGAUAAUUAACCUUGCUCUUUAUAUGGACUCUUCUGAAUACUGUGGAUUGAGGAUCAUUCAUUCAUCCAAGUAGGUAACUAUCCAGAUUAUUUCUUUUAUGGGAGAGUGAGGUGGCACCCAGGGAAGAGCUGAUUGUAGAACAGGUUUAGUUAUUCCAUGGUAUGACCAAACAAAAGUUAAUUUUCAGGGAUAUAUAAUUGGGAACAUGAUUCAUUUGAGAUUCUGCACUAGCAUCUGUCCGUUGAUGAAAGCCUGGACAACUCAUUUGUAGGGAGCGUGCUUCAGUUUCUCCCUUUCCAAUUAUUGGCUUUCUGUCAUCCUCAAUUCUUUUUAAUUGUACAAAUACAAUCUGUACAUUACUGAAUUAAUCGUAGUUCAUUAACCAGAGACCAACGGUAACUGAAUGUUAAUUGUCUUAACCUGUUGACACAUCCUUCUGUACAGAUUUUUUUUUUUUUUGGUAAACUUUCAACGGAAGGAGCAUUUAUUUUUCGCAGUCAUCUAACUGCAUUGCAUCCUGUCAAUAGUGUGUGUAUAUUUACCAACUAUAUUGAGAAAUACUUCAAAAAUAAAAAAAAUGGAAAUUAUUUUCAAAAAACAGGAAGUAAAGACAAUUGGAAGCUAAAAACUCUUAGUCUUUUUGACUUCAGAAUCUCUAUGCAUUGUAUAAUUGUUUCCCUGGUAAAUCUGUUCUAUAUCUUGUAUGUUGUAUAUUAUGCUUCUCAUACUGUAUAUAUUUUGACUCAUAUACUGUA